AUGGUUUCGCUUACCACUGAACAAUUUGAAAGUCUUUUGAGUGCUGUAAGUAAAUCCAGUGAAAAGUGUGGUUCAUUCAGCGGCUGUUCAGCACGAUACAAUGGCGAACGAUGUUCUGUGAAAGUUGAAGAAUUUAUAUCGGCUAUAACGACAUACCAGGUUGUUGAAGGUAUUGCUGACGCUAAUGCUGUUAACGGUAUGCCAAUGCUACUUCAAGGUGAUGCUGCAGAAUGGUGGCGUGGUGCUAAAUCUAAAGCAAAAACUUUCAGUGAUGUCUUAAAAAUGUUACGUGAGGCAUUUGCUCCACCGAAACCAGCAUGGCGAAUAUAUGCGGAAAUAUAUGAGCAGAAACAAAGCAAAAAUGAACCUACUGAUACGUUUAUACGUAAGAAGAGAACGUUAUUUGCACAGUUGGUGGAAGUUCCAACAGAAUCCAGCCAAAUUGAUAUGAUAUUUGGGAUGCUUCAUCCUCAAAUCAGGGAGCGAGUCUAUCACCACAAAGUAAGAACUUUUGAAGAACUCUUGGCAGAUGCAAGGGAAGCAGAACUUACAAUUCGUGAACGCGUUGUAGUGAACACUGAAACUUUGGAGAGUGGUCCUCAAGGUGGUCUAAAACGUUGCUCCUUUUGUCGGAAGAAAGGCCAUACUGUUGACAACUGUUUCAAAAAGAAAAGUGUGGUUGAAGAAGCUACGUCAAAUGCUAAGGAGGAAGUACUAAAACCUAAAUUGGCUUGCUAUGGAUGUACAAGUUCCGAUACGGUCGAAAGGACUUGUAGGGAUUCUAAUUCUACUGAGUAG